AUGCGCCGCCCGCCGCCGCCGCUGGUGUUAAUGACGGCGCUGCUGCUGGGGGCGGCAGCCGCGGCCGCUUCCGCCCCCGGGCCGGGGGCGGCGCAGGCGCAGGAGAGCGCGCGCGGUGGACCGCUGAGCGUGCUGUCCGCGCUGGUGGAGUACUUCAAGACGGGGCUGCGCGUCGUCGCCUCCGGGGGCGGGCGCGUCUCGUACCAGCGGUGGCAGGUGCUGCGCGCCACCGCGCCCACGCAAGACGCCGCCGACCAGCUGGAGUCCAUGCUCAACGAGCUCGAGGAGGACGGCGCCGCCGCCAUCUGGGCAGACGUCGCCUCCAACAGGUCGGCGGACUUCGCAGUCUCUCCGGACAUCCUUGAGGAUGUCAAGGACUUCCUGGAGGAGCACGCUAUCCCUCACACUGUCAUGAUUCCCGACCUGCAGAAGGCGAUCAUGGCGCAGAACCCUCGCCUGUCCAAGCAGCAGCGGAAGGAGCUGCGGACCAUCCAAGGACAUGACUUCACGUUCCGACGCUAUCACAGAUACGCAGACAUCUUGCGCUACCUGAGUUACCUGAGCUCUGCGUACCCCAGCCUGGUGGAGGUGCUCACCAUCGGCCACUCGUGGGAAGGUCUGCCCCUGAAGCUGGCCCGCGUCUCCACUGGGGGAACCAUCAGCAAGGACGGGCGGCCCAAGCCAGCCGUCUGGAUAGACGCAGGCGGCCACGGCCGCGAGUGGGUGUCUCCCGCGGUGGCGCUGUUCGUGCUGCGCCAGCUGGUGGAGAACUAUCAGGUGAACCGGCGCGUCGUCGACGCCGCCGAGUGGUUCGUGCUGCCCGUGGCCAACCCGGACGGCUACGAGUACAGCCACACCACCGACCGCCUGUGGCGCAAGACCCGCUCCACGCACACCUCGGCCGCCGCCAGGUGGUUGUGGCGGCAGUGCGCGGGGGCGGACCUGAACCGCAACUGGGGCUUCCACUGGGGCGGCGCGGGCGCGUCUCGCGACCCCUGCUCGGAGCGGUUCGCGGGCCCGCGCGCCUUCAGCGAGCCCGAGGCGCGCGCCGCCGCAGACUUCCUGACGGACCGCGCGGGCCGCGUGCGCCUCUUCCUGUCGCUGCACGCCUACUCGCAGGCGUGGCUCGCGCCCUGGGGGCACUCGCGCAGGCCGCCGCCCGACGCGCAGGACCUCAUGGACGUCGCCCGGCUCGCCGUGGAGGCCGCCGCCCGCGUCACGGGCCAGCCCUACCGCAUGGGCCACGCCAGGGACCUCGCCGCGCCCAGGGCCGGUUGCUCAGAGGACUGGGCCAAGGGCGUGGCGGGCAUCAAGUACGCCUACGCCGUGGAGCUGAGGGACCGGGCCGACUACGGCUUCCUGCUGCCCGCCUCGCAGAUCAUCCCCACGGGCCGAGAGACCUUCGCCGCCAUCAAGGCCGCCGUGAGAGCGGUCAUCGCCAGAAUAUAGCCUCGCCCCGUUGGCUCCGUCCUCAGAAGGGAGUAGUCGCCUGGGAACAGAGGCUGGUCCGACUCUGUUUUGAACUGAAUGCAAAGUAUGUGAUGUGCAGCUGUGUCGAUUUUGCUGUGCUUCAAAGCAUUGACUAGACGAUACUUACAAGACAGCUAUUAGGACAGUAUGACGUGUAAAUUAGGAUGAUGCAGAGUUUGAAACGCAAAUGAGGGGAAAACGUAGACGAUACUAAAUAAUAUGCUCUUUCAAACGGUGAAUAGUCUGCCAAUGUCUCUAUUCCGUCGCUGCUCUUGCAGACGAGUAUAACAGUGAAACUAGACUUCUAGAUAUUUUUUCCAGACUCAGUCAGUGUUUACACAACAAAAGCGUCUCUUCAGGAUAAACGCUGUCCAUGUCUGGGAGCUGACACUCAGAUUCAAUACACCAAAUUUCCAUACGUCAUUAUCAAUACCCCUUUAACAAUAACAUCUCCAUUUCCAGGACUUCAAAACGCUGCCUCGUACAAAAAACGUUUUUCAUUAGCAGUAAGUAACAUUUUAUUUCUAAACGACAUUCAUCUGUAAUAACGUCACGGGUUUUCAACAUAACCAAUGUUUAUAACCUUCUUAGGAUUUGAAUUGCUCAAUAAUUUGUAACAGAAUGUUUCUAACAGCAUCGGGUGGAUUAAAUAUAUUACACAAUAUGAAGGCGUGAAAAUUACGCGGAUAAUAGUCCAAAUUUAUCAGGACAGAGUCUUACGUGUCAACAAACCUAUGCAGGAGAAUGUGAUCACUACUAUGCUGAUCUCUGACAGUGAAUUUAAUUGCUGUGAAACUUGUCGACCAUUUACCUCAAACAGAAAUGGUUUAGCUACGAUUGUUGUAUACUUACCCCCAUUUCAAGCUAUCUGCAUCAAAGAAAGGGUGAAUUCAAAACUCGUCUUAAUAGAAGUAUCUCUGACAACAGGUGUGGCUUUAGAAAAUGACCAGAAUGCGUCGUUAUUCAACAACAAAUAAACAAUCAAUAUUCAGGACUACUGCAAAAAAACAACGCCAAAUGCAUAUUUCUUCAAGUGAGUUUUAAUUUGUGCAUUGUUAGGUGCAUGCUCUUGAUUUUGGCACGUGAAACAAAAAAUCGACACUAUCUUGUAACAUAAAGGCAGAAAAUUCCUAUCCCAACCUUUAUAACCAUUAUAACCAUUUUAUAUUUAAAAAAUGACAGUGUUCGAUGAAUUCUCAUUUCAGUCUCAAGAAUGCAGAACUGUGUAGAUUAGCUUGAGUCACUUGAAUGAAAUGCCAAAAAACAAUUAAAUCGGAUUAUUCGGGUGAAAAUGCAAAAGUUUCACGGCACUACCAAAUAUUAGGUUAAACAUAGAGGUGACUUAAUAUGUAAUGGCUGUAACAGCUACUGAAAUACUGGUUUAUGCAGCUUUUACGUCACGGCGGAGACGUCUGAAGACAGUAUUUUGAAGUGAGCUGAUUUUUCGUAAGAAUGAAGUUUAUCACUCGUCUUACAGUCAGAUUCUUCUGAGAAACUAAAACAACCUGUCUUUUGUGUCUAAGGCAGCUGAAUGAGCUGUGUUUAAACAUGUACUCGUAUUGUACCAUCCAGUACGACAGUUCAGUAAUUUGUGAUCAAAGAGAUACUCUUCUCACAUGAAUGCUAUAUUGUGAAUACCUAUGCAGCAGAGAAUUCAUCAGCUGCAACCAACUGAUUUGAAUC